AUGACGCAGCAGCAGCCAGCAUUCCAGACCAACACGCGCAUUGAGGCUGUUCCUGGCCAGCCAACAACCUCUCUACUUCCGCCAGGGGUGCCCCAGACUCCGCAGGGAUCCUCUCACGCUCUCCUACGCAUGCUGGUUAUCACGGGGCUUCGCACUCCUCCGCGGCCCUUUGUCAAGCAACCCACGCCUUCCGAAGCGUUUCCUCCGCUUCUGCUCUUGUGGCAUUCCUCCCUCUUCCUUUCCAGCGUGUUUUGGGACCUGUACUGCGCGGCACCCGAGCGGCGGGACACCUGCGAGCACUCGAGUGAGGCAAAGGCUUUCCACGACUACAAAGUUGCAGGGAAUAAGUUGCAAGUUGAAGGGAAAAAUAUUCGAAUGGGUUUUUGA